CUCAAGAAACACCCGCAGCUGAAAGGUCAAAGAACCCUGGAGUCGAAUUGGGAGUCACAAGAGAGUCAGGCCCAUGGCUCUCUCGGUUAGAGCCUAUCAAGUCCACGCAGAGACCGUGGCGAGCUACUCUACUCUACGAAGACCUUCACAUCGGACAAUUCCCAUACAAUCAAAUCUUACCUGCAGUGUCCCUGCCUUUGCAAAUUCACUGAAUCCUCCCAUCCUUCUGCUCCGGCCCCUUUUACGAUCCGCGCUGUUGAUGGCGCUGUACCUUCCUUUGCGGUAUCUCUACAUUGAAUCAUCUCCCUACGAGGAUCUUGUCUAUUGAGGUCCUCCGCUACCACGUUUGGUCGCAUCUGCGGUGUCGCGGUCCUCCCACCUCUUCUCGCUCGAGUCUCCAGGUGAACAUUACCGUCAAGCCGAUAACUGCGACCUUAGUCGACGAAAGUCUUGCAGAAAUCCCAAGAGCUGGUCCAUGCAUAUCAUAUAUCGGUUAACCUCGAUUCUGCAUAAUACUCGAGCCCCAGAAACUCACUCCGCAGUCGGGUGUUUCCUUGCAGUACUAUCGAUGUGUGCCGGAGGGCAGCAUGACAGCCUUGCGCACUGACGCCCUUUGAUACCAAUAUCUUCCUCAAUGGCCCCACCACUCUCAAUACAUACUCGGCGCGCCGACGCUGAAGAUGGCAGCUGGCGCUCGUUUGCUUCGGACGAAGACUUUAUCCUCGAGUCCUGGAGUCAAGGAUUCAUGGUCGGAGCUCUCCUGAUUAUGGCAUGUAUAACCAUAGCCAACAUGAGGAGGGGAGUCCUUUUGCAUAAAUUGAUUCUGGUCGAGCAACUGGCGGCCUUGUCUCAUGGAACUUUCUGCUUCAUGUCCUUCAAUGGCUAUGGGUGGUAUCUGUCCUCGACAGCUGCUCUGCUAUAUUGCUCCUGGAUCGUUCACAAUGUCGUCGCCUGGAUGAAAAUCCGACCGUUCUUCACCGAUUCAAGGUCCAUGUUCAAACCUUCGACCGGCAAAUGGGUGCGAAGGAUAUAUCUUGGGACGCUCGCCUGUUCAAUACCGCCAAUCAUAUUGCAAAUCUUCGACAACUUUCGCUUUUUCAACAAUAUCAGUGACUUUUACACCACAGUCAGGCCAUACGAGCCGCUGAUGAGAGAUCCGUGGUGGUGCUUCUCCUGCUUCACCCUCUUCCAUGUCAUUCGGAAAUGUUAUGGCACAGGCGUCUUCGAAUUGAUCAAACGAAGCCCACGUUUUGGCAUUUUAAUAUGCGCCAUCUGCUUGGCCAUGAUAUUCACAGCUUUUGACAUUGUGGCCAGCAUUCACAAUUUCAUCGGCUCGACUGACGGCAUCAAUCCAUUCUGGAAAUUGAGUCUCGUGUUCAAAUGUCUCACUGACACAAUCAUGCUGGACGACUUCAAGACCGAAUUGAAGAGACUCGGCAUCAAACGCAUGCGACAAGACGAGAUGAGACGACAGAGUUUCGCCCUUGUCGCCGAUAACCUCGACUCUAAGACCGAUGACGGCCAUAUGGAGUUCACCGAUGUCUUGAACACGAGUCCUACUCAGUUCCAGACGAUGCAGACUUUUGACGACAGCCCAAGUCGGGGUUCGACAGGGAGACUGAGGCAAGACUCAGUGGGCGAACCUCGAAAGCAGUCGAAGGAGUAUCUUGGUAGGGCAGGGAAAAAGAUAAGCCGUUUACCGGGACUCAAAGAAUUUUCAUUCAAGCCGAAACCCGGUAAGGGCCGUAGCAGGCUCGACGACGAAGAGAAACCAAAUGAAAAUGAGCAUCCUCCACCGGCACCCGAACGACUGUCGCAAAUGAGACAGAGUCUAGGAGUCCUGGAUUAUCAUGCUCGCUGAGGGAUUUGGGCAGCUAGCAACAAAGUAAUGGGUAAUGUGUCUAUGAGUCUACGAGGUAAUGUCUUGUACCAACACCAGUAUUUUGCAUCGCACACGCUUUUUAUACCCUGGGAGGAUAUGGAAGUGCUUUUUUGGACAAAGGAUCUUGCGAAAGGGGUUGUUCUGUAGAGUGAAUGCAUUAUCGCUCCGGAGGGUUGACUGGCUGCUUUCUGGUUGCACUUACUUCUUGUUUUCUGCUGUAUCUCGAUGGAAGGCGGUUGCUCUCAUGCCUGCCCGCUGUUGUCAGCAUCCACCUUCCUAUCAGACAACACCCAAUGUAUAGGCGAGCAGGCGCGGGUC